CCACGAAGCUUUCUAAGCUCGCCCUACCUCGCACGGGUCGCAUCCCUUCCAAUAGUCGACCGCAUUUUGCCAGGUGCUGGAUACCCGCGUUGCGCCCCCCCAAGGGCUUGCGCCGGCAGCAGAAGUUGGCACUUCAGGGACCAGUCUGUCCAGGGACUGAAUAGUAGGAUUUGCAAAGAUGCAGCAACGUCGGGAUGAGAUCCUCGCUAAGAAGGCGAAGCUCGCCGAGCUGAAGCGCCAGCGAGAGCUCCGUGCUACUCAGGUUAAUGCCCGCUUGAGCAUAGGAAGCGCAAGCGAUAUAGUCAGCCCAACGCCCGGUAGGGCCGAAAGCCGUCGUGAGAUCGAAACUCUGAUUCAGAGCCUGGUUGGCGAAAGCAGACCCGUAUCAGUCUCAACCGGCGCUAAUUCUCCCCGCCUCCAUGGAAGCCGACCCAACAGCGUAAUAAGCGCCGGGGAAACUAGUAUCUCGCCCUCGGAAUAUGCUACUCCAGCUCUCGGUCCCAUACUUGCUUCUUCAAAUCAGACCACGCAGGUCCUUUCCACGACUCUCACGACUGUUUACGAAUGCCCACCGUCGCCAGUAAAGGAAGUGUUUACGUACAGCAAAGGAGUACAAACAACGGACGAUUGGGUGCCCCAGCCAAAGCCCCGUAGAUAUUCGGACUCGGAAAUCGACGAACCGCCUGCAUCGCCCACUAAGACUAGGGUCAGCAGGAGGUUACGGGAUCGCGAAGAAGAGUUACGCGAGAACAUAAGAAAGGAGAUCGAGCAGGAGUUGAAAGCGGCCAAGGAACUCGUCAUAGAUGGAGUGUACAAGCCGUCUGCUGCAGCCAACUUCCCCACGAGGAAUCUUACCGACGAAGAGCUGAAUGCCGUUACGCAAUCCGACGACUUUAUGGACUUCAUCGAUAAGUCGACCAAGGUUAUCGAAAAGGCACUCGACCAGGAAUACGAUAUUUUGACGGACUAUACCCUCGGCGUAAACGAUGUCGAUGAAGAAGACGAACAGAACGGGAACACGGGCGGGAAGGGUCGGCGGAAGGUGAAGGAAUUGGCCCAGUUCUAUGACGAGCGGUGGUCCAAGAAGCGCAUGAUCAGCUCCAUUGACUUCUCGCCCAAGUUCAGUGAACUACUCCUGGCAUCAUACACCAAGAACCCCUCGGCACCCCAUGACCCAGAUGGAAUCGUGCAGGUCUGGAAUAUGCAUUUGCACGAUAGGCCCGAGUUUGUGUUCCAUGCGCAAUCCGACAUCUUAACGGCCAAGUUUUCUCCUUUUCACCCUAACCUGAUUAUUGGCGGAGCCUAUAGUGGACAGGUUCUGCUCUGGGACACGCGCGCUAGGUCAGCGCCUGUACAAAAGACGCCCCUGACAGGUUCCGGACACACACAUCCUGUUUACUGUAUCGAUAUCAUUGGCACGCAGAACGCCAACAACAUCAUAUCAUGCUCAACAGAUGGCCACAUGUGCGGCUGGAGCAUCGACAUGCUUGCCCAACCUCAAGAGAACCUUACACUUAUUGCCCCCCAUCCAUCCAGGACUGAAGACAUGAGUCCCACGUGUAUGGCGUUCCCGCAGGCCGACCCGACUUUCUUCCUGGUUGGUACGGAAGAGGGAUCCAUCUACCCGUGCCAUCGGUACGAUCGCGCCGGUGCCAAGGCCGGCGUAGAUGCUCGCGUCAGUUAUAGGGGCCAUGCUGCUCCCGUUAUGGCAGUCGACUUCCAUCCCGCACGGGGUGUUGUCGACUUGGGGGAUCUCGUACUGUCUGCUAGCUUGGAUUGGAGCGUCAAACUCUGGAAGGCGCGCGCUCCUGCGGCAACGUCUACGGUUGUGACAACGGGUGGCGGUAUCAACGUACCCGGUCAAGAGCAUAACGGCGUCCAACCACUGAUAGACUUUGUGCGCGAGGAUGUCGUUUAUGAUGUGGCCUGGUCACCAGUAAAGCCUGGUGUGUUCAGCUUGGUUGACGGCGCAGGCUGGCUUGAGCUGUGGGAUAUCACCGUGGAGACUGAGGAGCCCGUUGCACGCAUUUCUCCUAGCCCACGCAAAGAUGGACGACCAAUGCUGAGCAAGAGCUUAAACAAGGUCAAGUGGGAGCGUACUGAGGGCAAGCGAUUGGCCACUGGCGGUAUUGACGGCACGGUCACCAUGUUCGAAGUUGGUCCGGAUCUGGGUGGAAAGGAGGACUUGAAGAAUGAGGAAUGGCAGAGUGUGAAGAAGCUGGUGCAAAAGGCCGAGCAUAUGAUUUCACUGAAAGAAGCGCAGGAGAAGUAGGAUGGAGGAGAUGUCAGACGCCUGAUUUAUUAGUAUGCGGGUGGAAGACAUUCGAAUGGCAUGCUUGAUCACCAAGCUCGGUGCAGUGACUGUCUUUUUGAGUGCUACGAGUACGGCCU